CUCCAGCUUGACUUCAACCAAACACAGAUUAUGCAGCUUUCAAUAAAUUUUGGGGUUUAAAUGCCAGUUUCACUUUAGGGAUAAUUCACUGUAGAAAUUGUUUUCAUGAAAACAAAAAAAGCUCAUACAACCUGCUGAAACUUUUCCUGUUUGUUAAAUUUUUUUGAUUUUAAAAUCGCUUACCUUUUUUUAUAACUUGUUUUUCACUUUUUAAUUUUAGUUUUAGCUUUAGUUUACGUUUACAGUUGUUGUUUGCAGUUCGCCCCAGUUCGCGUCGCACAUCGUCAAUUGCAUUCUUUGACCGUUUUCGGAGUUUUCCGUCUUUAUCUUUGUUGGUUGCUGGAAUUACGUAUAACAUAUGAUAUUUGAUUGCAGAUUUUGCUCAGAAUCGUUUCUCAAUCAAAAUGCAAUUAUCAUCGUUGAGCUGUUCAUCAUUCUAGUGUUUCGAUUCGGAUACCCUAUAGCUAUGGCUCCACCGUGCUAUCACUCAUGAGGAGGACUAUUUCUUUGCAUGAAACAGUAUACGAUUCCUCAGAAAGUGAAACAGCAUGUCCAUGGUUGUUCCCACUCUGUUGAACAACAUAAAGUCAAUGAGAUGCAGAAACUUCACGGCAGUAACGCUAAAUAUUACAAACAUCGAUACAAACGAUGCUGUCAGUAAGGAAAGCCAAGUAUUCAAUGUACGGCACAAGUGAACAUUGAAAAUCGGUAUCCGUUAGAGCCAUCCCCGAUCACGGCAUUCUCUAUUCUUGGUCUUUGCAAAAGAGGAAUGAUUGAGCAAAAAACUUGUUUGGCGGUCAACAGAGGAUAUUUUGGGAAUGACUUUAUAUGGAGAAAUCAAUUCCAAACUAACGACUUAUGGCUUUCAGAUUUUGUCUGUCAUGGUCGUGGCGUGUUUGUCAUAUGAAUCCGUUGUGGAUGUACCAGCUGUUAAGCGAAGCUUUAAGAGGGAGCAUCGUUUAGAUUUAGACAAUCAUGUAAAUCAAGAGCUCCAUGACUUGCGUUUAUAACGAUGUUGUUAGUCCAAGCUAAGUAUCCUUCGCAAAAGAAAGUCUAUCCCUAUAUUAAAUGAUACCCAUGCUAUUGGACAGAUAACGAAUGUGUUCCCUGUGUGUUUAAUUCAAUAGCCUAUGUUCAAGAAAAAUUUGACACGGUUUGCCAUUAUUUGCGGCAUCACCAUGGGGAGGUUAAUAUGGAGGAGUGUACACGCCGUUUGCCUCUACAAACGUAGAAAAGCAAAAACUAUCAGCGACAUCGCUAUUUUAAAAUUGACUACCCUGCGGUCGCUGGAAAGGAUGGACGAAAGACGCAGGCAGAACAAAUUGAUCUGUAUAUCGAAACUUUGAGGAAAAAAGGGUGCCGCAAGUAGAGCAGCUUCUGGAGAAUCCUCGGAACAAGAGUCCAAUGCGGCAGGAAUUCAAAUGGCUGGAGGCCAUGAAGGAGUUUGGACCCACUUGGAAGCAAGUGAUUUGCUGAUUAUAAUAGCGAAAAAUUACCCCAAGGACUAUUGUGUAGUAGUUAAUUCGCUAUUAUUAUUCUCUAGAAUCGUGUAUCAAACCAUUCAAAAGCCUUUCGGAUUUCGGGUCUAUCACCAUAUUGCUCAAUUAAAGAAAAAAAUUUCGAAGAAUAUCCUAAGAUCUUUGUUCUGAUUUAGAAACAAGAAAUACUGUAACUACAGCUUUUCAAAUAUAUGGUCGUACUUUCGAUAAGCAUUCCUCACUUGCCCAAGGACUUCAUGAUUAACUUCUACAAGGCGAGUUGUAAGCGAGAAGAAUUAUUGCAAAUCUAUAUUACAUAGUCAUAGACCUUUGUUCAACUCAUCGCAAUGAUCAUUACCACGGUGAAGGUAAUCAAAUCGUCCUAACUACCAUAGCGCAAAACAGACGCAAGGCUCCAAUCAUUAAGCCAGCCAGUGGCUGGUGGUACCGAUAGUUUAACGACAACGACUACGACUGCAAGUGAGCAAACGAGACUUGUCACCUAAAUUAGGAAGAAAAAAAAAACGGGAAUUUCAGUGUCAGUAGCUUUAUUGCCGUUACCGUAUGUAACCAACCUUCGUGGUUUUUCAUUGUCAUGCUUUACAGAACAAAACCGAAUUUCAGAACGGAGAAGCAAGUUCAAGCGCUUAUUUCUUCGUUUUUAAACAAAACAAUUUGAUCGCGGUCUUUCCGACGAGAUCAGGAAAGUCUCUGACUUUUGUGCUGUCCGUAUUUAUAGAAAAGCAACAGAAAUCUGGGCUGAUUACCAUUGUUUAAGUCCAUUACUGAGGCAAGGCUUGUUUCGAAUAAAUCGACGAGAGAUACCGUUUUGUAUGUUCGGAUGUGGACACGAAAUAAGAAUGCUUCGCUCCAAUCUUCGAAUCUACUGGAUCUAUUUCUAAGUCUGCACUAAACGAUGAUAUUGUUCUUUUUUAGGAGCCUUGCUGAAGCAGGGCGCGCUUUGUCAUUGAUAAAGCGCAUACUUUGUUUAUGGAUAUCGAUUGGAGGCACGUCUUGUGCAAAAUGUGGAAAUUGUCUUGAAUUGCGACACCCGUUCUUCUUUUAACUUUAAUGAUUCCUCACGCAUUAAAAGUCUUGUGCCAACAAUUGUUUCAAUUAAUUUUGUUCAAGUGGUUUGAAGAUCUACUGAGAGGAAAAAGAUACAUCAAUUCCUCAGACCCUUAAAAAAGGAGGAUUUUUGCAAGAUUUAUACAGCUUAAUAGGAAAAGCAAAUGCUGUGAGGGAGAUGGUUGUGCAAACGUGUUUUGUCAAACAAAGGGGAGUAUAGAAUUAUACAGAUGGAAGUUAACCCUUCUAAAAAGAGACUCAUGGAAUUCCGUUCACGGGCGAUUAGCAGACGAAGAGCGAAAAACUAGUUUCGAUAUGUUUACAGAUCUAUUUGGUAAUGAUUGAAUCUUGGUCGCAACGUAGGCCUUUGGGCUUGAUGUAAAUUAUUAUGAUGUGCGGCUUGUGGUUCGCUAUGGCUCGCCGUCGUUAGGGAUGGAUUAUGCUCGGAGACAGGUCCUGCAAGGAGAGAUGCCGGGUUUGCCGUUACUGCUUUGUAGAGAACAUGGUACGAAAAAUCUAUUUGAUAACGAAUCAUUGUGAGUUCUGUCGCUUUUUGUGGUGAAUGCAGUGAUUGUGACUUUCUUCCAGACUGCUUUUUGUUCUCGAUGUAUGCCUGAAUUGCUGGAUAAAAAAGAGUCAAUUUUGAUUGCAAAGCAAAACAGGAACGAUUCUCUCUUUCUAUCCUCGAAAUACUCUCCUUCUUCUUUUACAGAUGAUCAUCGGCAAUCGAUAAAUCGUUCAAACUUUGGAAAAGAGCCACGUUUGCUUCGGAAUGUGGAUUUUCUGACUUCCACUCCGUCACCUACUGUUCAAAAGAUUUAGCUCAAGUUCUUCGGCUAGCAAUAAAUGGCACAGUGUCAUGCGAAUCGGAAAUAACAUAAGUUCCGUCGCCGACUUACUGAAAAGCAAUCAUCAAAAACAUUCGUUGGCACAAAUUGUUGAUGAUUUGUAUAAUAAUGCGCUCAAUGAAUAUAAGAAAAAGUAUGAGGUUAUUAAUGAGAAAAUGGGUAGAAUCAUUGUCGAAAGCGGCUUGUCGGAAAAGGUUUUUAAAAAACUUAACCAGAAAUGCCUAUACUGUUAUAUUGAAGAACCUAAGGCUCGUCUUUUAAGACAUAACGCAUGCUGUCCAUCAGAGUUGUUAUCAAUGCCGCAACAGGACCACAAUUAGAAACUAUCCGUUUCAGAUGUACUAUAGAGGUCUUUGCUUACUAUAUUGUGGAUUGACUAAAUCUUGAAGAAAAUGUUAAGAGGAUCCUUACAAGCAAAGUUGCAAAUCCCUGGGGGCAGAGAUCGUCUAAUUGCACUUGCUUUUUUUGUUCGGGAGAAUGUGUAAGUACAAGCUGAUGGUUCCUUAAAUGGGAACACAAAUGAUCAGAAUUAAGUAACUAUUGUUUGUUACUUUGCAAAUGUGUCAUCGGAGUUUGUCAAUGUCGUUUACUUCGUAAAGAGUGACAUUCUUGGUGUUGUUUGAGAAAGAAGACAGAAUGCUUUUUUCAUUUUAUUUUUUAUUCUCAAACUUGUAAUUAAAAAAUUUAAGAAAGUCCAAGAAUAAUGGAAUGUUUAAUUGAUAAACAGUGAAUAAUGUAUAGAACGAGACUAGGAUAGAAUUAGGUCAGCGGCUGAAUUAUUUACAUCGAAGAAUUCUAAUUAAUGUUGCAUGUCAAAGUUUACC